ACAAGGAGCAGAAAAGGGCACAACACAACUCAAGAAGGCAAGAAAAAGUUUUCUUGGUCUUUUUGUCAGUUUAGACAUAUUAAUUUCAUUUCCUUCAGUUCAAUUUACUGAGUUGAGAUGAUGAUGAUGAUAAAUAUUUACAAGUGGUUACAAGAGUUGAAGCCAGUGUUGUUUAUGAUAGUUGUUCAGUUCUGUUUUGCUGGUAUUAAUGUUUUCUACAAAUUAGCUGCUUACGAUGGUAUGAGCUUGAAGGUCCUUGUUGCCUACAGAUUCUUCUUUGCCAUUGUUUUCUUGGUUCCUCUUGCUCUUAUCUUUGAGAGGAAAAGCAGGCCCAGACUUACAUGGACUAUUCUCUUUCAAGCAUUUCUUUGUGGAUUCUUUGGGGGAUCGUUGACACAAAAUUUAUACGCUGAGAGUUUGGUAUUGACAUCUGCAACAUUCGCCUCUGCCAUGACUAAUCUUAUACCAGCAGUCACCUUCGUCUUAGCCAUUUCUUUUGGGUUGGAGAAGAUGGGAGUGAAAACCAGAGCAGGGAAGGCAAAAGUGAUGGGCACAUUGUUGGGUUUGGGUGGGGCAAUGCUGCUAACAUUUUACAAAGGAGCAGAAAUUAAGAUGUGGUCAACACAUAUCAAUCUGAUGAAAAUUGUUAAGCCCCAUGGAGGCCAUGUGGCAUCAUCAAGUGGCACUCAGAUACUGGGCAGUCUGUUUGCUAUAGCAAAUUGCUUCUCAUUUUCUUUGUGGCUAAUUAUUCAAGCUAAAAUGAGUGCAAAUUAUCCAUGUCCUUACUCGAGCACAGCUUUGAUGUCUGUAAUGGCUGCAAUCCAAGAAACUACUUUCACCCUUUGCACUGAGAGAGAUUGGACCCAAUGGAAAUUGGGCUGGAAUAUAAGGUUGUGGAGCGCAGCAUAUGCGGGAAUAAUAGUGCAUGGUAUGAUGAUAACUCUCGUGAUAUGGUGUGUGAGGCUAAAGGGUCCGCUAUAUACUUCAGCUUUUUACCCCCUAAUGCUUGUGUUCACUGCCUUGAUGGGACCUCUCUUACUUGAUGAAUAUUUACACGUUGGAAGCAUACUAGGAGCAACUUUAAUAGUAUGUGGAUUAUAUGCAGUGUUGUGGGGUAAAGACAAAGAAAUGAAAAAAAUGGCUCAGAAAAUCUCCAAAGAAGCUGAAACCAUUCAGACCAUUAAUACUAGCACUAGUGACAAUUCUGAAAAUCAAAAUAGAGGUAUUAUAAUGGACAAAACUGAGGAAAUGGAAAGAAAAGUAUAGGUUUCAUUUGCAAAACAAAACAAAUGCAGGUAGUAUUAGCUUGUAAACCUUCCCAUUCAACAAGCUUUAGUGUACUUUGGUAGAGAUGGAAGAAGUUCAGUGUUCAAUUUGUUUUCUCCUCCUUAUAUUUGUUGUAUAAUAGUUUAUCUUUUCUGUCUU